UGCUUCGGUUCUAAUUUUAAGGCUCAAGCUCUAAGUCUAACUUGUGUAAUUAUAAGCUUUCUUUGAUACAUAUUCGUACUCUAUAUUACUUGCUCUGUGAUUCGUAAAAUCUAUGUAAUAUAUUUAACAUCAGAGAAUACUAACAAUCUCGUUAUUUCUAGGUGGUCAUAACUUGCUUUUUAACCUCUCGCAAUAAUACAUAGUUUGGUGAAGAAGACAAAAGGAAAGUUCCAGAGAUGUUACAAAAAAUAUUGAGAUAUGACAUACAGAUAACAAAAAAGUUUGUGGAGAAUGCACAAAGGGUUACUGCUCUAAGGUCACUUGCUAAUCACUCCAAAUUUUUAGAGCUAUCAUGCCAUGGGAUAGUGUGGCUCGCCGGUUGGCUCACAUUUAUUUGGCUUUUUAACAAUAGUGAGCUGUAUCAACUGCAAGUUAAUAUGUUAAUAGGUCUUAUUUUAGAUAUUAUUGUAAUAGCAGUAACAAAAGCAUUUGUUAGAAGACGUAGGCCAAUACCCAUGAACAAAAUGAUACCUGGUAACCCUGAUAAGUACUCUUUUCCAUCUGGUCACGCAAGCCGAGCUGUUUUAAUUGCAUUUAUAUUGAUGGUUGUGGAUCCUAUCUCUAUUAUAUUUUAUCCACCACUAGUAGCCUGGGUCACUUCAGUGGCAAUAUCAAGAGUUCUAGCAGAAAGGCACUACUUUUUGGACAUAUUUGGCGGCAUUGGUAUUGGGAUUUUAGAAGGUCUACUCAUGAGUAUUCUAUGGCUUUCUCAAAGUUCAUCAACAAGCAUUUUGAAUUCAUUAUCAGAUGAAAAACGAGAUGGCGGAGAAUUUCAUGUUUAAUCUUUUGCACUUAUCAAUCAAUAUGUUUUGUUGUAAAUCUAGCUGUGAUUAAGUGUUGAUUAUACUAAAUUUUUGUUUUUAAUAAUCAUAAAAAAUGUCUUGACCAAAAAAAAUCCCAUUUAGUCAAUAAUGCAAAUAAAUAAUUUUACUGCAUAA